UUGAAAAUAUAAAAAUUCUAAACAACAUUUCACCACGUCCAUGUUGGUCGGCCAUUUUUUCUCUCUUUUGAUUUUCUGAAGUAAAGCAGCCAACAUGGGUUUUGCAAAUCUCUGGUAUUCCCAUCCCCGAAAAUACGGACAAGGUUCUCGUUGCUGCCGGUCAUGCUCUAACCGACAUGGUCUCAUCCGCAAAUACGGUUUAAAUAUAUGCCGUCAGUGCUUCAGGGAGUACGCCAACGAUAUUGGCUUCAAGAAGCUCGAUUAGUCAUUCCCUUGAAAGAAGAAGAAGAAAGGGAUUCACCAUCCAAGCAUCUCUCACCUGACAGAUUAAAUAAGAACAACUUAAUGUGCUUUGGUUAACCUUAAAGAUAUUCUGUGACUAUUUUUAUACACAAUUGGAAUGCAUCUAAAUCUUAUUUAAGCUCUCAGGCGAAUAAAAAAACAUAACAAGAUCUAAAUUAAA